AUGGAAAAUAACGGUGCAUUGAAAGGAAAAACUUUGUUUAUAACUGGUGCCUCCAGAGGCAUUGGUAAAGCAAUUGCCCUGAAGGCAGCCAAGGAUGGAGCCAAUAUUGUUAUUGCAGCCAAAACUAGUGAUCCACAUCCUAAAUUGCCCGGUACCAUUUAUACGGCCGCCGAGGAAAUUGAAAAAGCCGGUGGAAAGGCCUUGCCCUGCAUUGUAGAUGUACGCGACGAAAAACAAGUUAGGGCAGCCGUUGAAGCUGCUGUUGCUAAAUUUGGUGGUAUUGAUAUUGUCAUAAAUAAUGCCAGUGCCAUUUCAUUGACCGGCACUUUGGAUACCGAAAUGAAGCGAUAUGAUUUAAUGCACAAUAUCAAUACCAGAGGAACAUUUUUGGUUUCCAAGGAAUGCCUACCAUACCUGCUGAAAAGCAAACAUGCCCACAUUUUGAAUAUUUCCCCACCCCUAAGCAUGAAACCAAUUUGGUUUGGUAGCCACGUAGCCUAUACUAUGGCCAAAUAUGGCAUGUCUAUGUGUGUUUUGGGUAUGGCGGAGGAGUUCAAAGAUCAAAAUGUCUCCGUCAAUGCCUUAUGGCCACAAACGGCAAUUCAGACAGCUGCCAUUGAUAUGUUAAAUGGACCCGAGGCUGCUCAAUAUUCUAGAAAAGUUGAUAUUAUGGCUGAUGCUGCAUAUGUUAUACUAUCGCAAACACCACCCAAGGCCCCCACCGGCCAGUUCUUUAUCGAUGAAAAGGUGUUGCUUAAAUCUGGUGUUACCGAUUUAAAACAGUAUGCCGUUAAUCCAGCAAAUGCUGAUAAGCUACACAUGGAUUUCUUUUUGGAGGAUGUAGAUGAAUAUCUGGCACCAAAAUCUAAAAUGUAAAUUGU